AUGUCGAAAAUACUUCUCUUCCAGUCCGUCCUCCUUUUGGUAACGCUCUUUGCGUUAUCCACAAGUGAGGCGGCGGUUAUGGCUGUUGAUUAUGGAACAGAUUGGUUUAAAGUUGCUCUGGUGAAACCAGGGAUACCUCUCGACAUCGUUUUGAAUAGAGACUCGAAACGCAAAACACAGUCCGUGCUGACGGUGCGGGGAGAAGAAAGAAUUUAUGGAACGGAUGCUGUCAAUCUUGGCGCGCGGCUUCCACAAAACACUUAUUUCACUCUUAAAAAGGUCAUCGGGCGACUUGCCGACGAUACGUAUUCGGUGGAAUAUCAGUCAACUUUUCCGAACAAGAUAAUUCCGGGUCCAAAAAGGGGGACCGUUGAAUUUCAACAUAACGAUACGACGGUUUUUUCCGUCGAGGAGCUUCUUGCGAUGCAACUCUCUCAUGCCAAAGAAUUAGCCGAGGCCACUGCUCAGGAAGCUAUCAAGGAUGCAGUUAUAACGGUGCCUCCGUACUACAGUCAAUUCGAAAGACAAGCAGUCUUGGAUGCAGCUGAACUUGCAGGUUUACACGUUCUUUCCUUGAUCAACGAGGGAACGGCUGUCGGUUUGAAUUACGCGAUUUCGCAUUUUUCAUCGUUCACCGAUGAGCCGCAAUAUCAUCUAUUCUAUGACAUGGGCGCCGGCAGCACGAAGGCAAGCCUGAUCAGCUUCAAAACUGUUAGCGUAAAGGAUGUGGGUCGUUUCAACAAGACCGUGAUCAAUUUAGAUGUAAUUUCCAUCGGAUACGAUCGAACUCUUGGCGGGAAAGAAAUUGAC